AUGCAUUGGUGGUCAGAGUUCAUUUCGACGAUGGUUCGUGGGGGAGGCGAACGCCUUACCGAAGUCGAGCGUUUGUCCAUACUCGAUGAACUUGCUGGUACGCGCAUACGGUCAGUGCGAGCCAUAGCCCGUUCAUACGCCGUGGACGAGUCUGCCAUCCGGCAGCUCUGGAAGAAGCGAGCAACAGUGCUGCAACGAUCCGAGGGUAUCCCUGCAAACGUCUUGGCAACACGGCAUCGUUUAAGGGAAGCGCAGUACAAAAAACUCGAAGAUCUGCUGUUCAAGUGGAUAAUACAAAGCUACCUGUACCUCCAUCUGUAG